UUGGCGUCGAUUUGUCGCGGCGGCCGCACGGCGUCGCGCACGGCUGGGCGGGGCGGACCGCGCUUCCUCCGAGGCGGCGGCUGGGACGCCGCGACUGGGCCCAAGAUGGACCUUCCGAAGCUGCUCGCCGCCCCGACCGCGCGCGGAGCCCAACAUGGCGGCGGCGGCGGCGGCCCCGGCCGACUGCGUCGAGGCCCGGGGCCACCGUCUAGCCCGGGCCUCGCGCGCCGCCGCCUGCUACUGCUGCGGGGUCCCGAAGAUGGCGGGCCGGGGCCGCUGCGCGGGGAGGCCCGAGUGGCGUCGGCGGCCCCGGGGCCGAGCCCCCCGCCCCCCGAGGACGGUGGCGACUCUUUCGUGGUGCUGCUGGAAGUGGCGCGCGGCGCCGCGGCCAAGGCCCCUGGGCGGCGGGAGGUCGGGCCCGGCGCUGGCGCGAGCCCAAUGCCUUGCCCCCAGCAGGGCCCCAGCGGCGCAGCCGCCGCCCCCGGGUCCGGCGCGGCCCUUGCGGGCACCGUCACCAUCAACAGCCAGGACCUGCUGGUGCGCUUCGAUCACGGCGUCUUCACGCUGGCCGCCGCGCCGCCGCAGCCCUGCCAGCCUCCCCGGGGCCCGCCCGCGCCGCCGGGCGAGGAGGCCGCGAGCCUGGCCGAGGGCCGCCGCGGUCCCCAGGGCCCCGGCUCUGGUGUCCCGGGCUACCGCUGUCCCGAGCCGCAGUGCGCGCUCUCUUUCGCCAAGAAGCACCAGCUCAAGGUGCACCUGCUGACGCACGGUAGCAGCCAGGGCCGGCGGCCCUUCAAGUGCCCCCUGGACGGCUGUGGCUGGGCCUUCACUACCUCCUACAAGCUCAAGCGGCACCUGCAGUCGCACGACAAGCUGCGGCCCUUCGGCUGCCCGGUGGGCGGCUGCGGGAAGAAGUUUACCACCGUGUACAACCUCAAGGCGCAUAUGAAGGGCCACGAGCAGGAGAACUUGUUCAAGUGCGAGGUGUGCUCCGAACGCUUUCCCACGCACGCCAAACUCAGCUCCCACCAGCGCACCCACUUCGAGCCCGAGCGGCCCUACAAGUGUGACUUUCCCGGCUGCGAGAAGACAUUCAUCACAGUGAGUGCUCUGUUUUCCCAUAACCGAGCUCACUUCAGGGAACAAGAACUCUUUUCUUGCUCCUUUCCUGGGUGCAGCAAACAAUAUGACAAAGCCUGUCGCCUGAAAAUUCACCUGAGAAGUCAUACAGGUGAAAGACCUUUUAUUUGUGACUCUGACAGUUGUGGCUGGACCUUCACCAGCAUGUCUAAACUCCUACGACACAAAAGGAAACACGAUGAUGACCGGAGGUUUACCUGCCCUGUUGAAGGCUGUGGGAAGUCAUUCACGAGAGCAGAGCACCUGAAAGGCCAUAGCAUCACCCACCUGGGCACAAAGCCAUUCGAGUGUCCCGUGGAAGGGUGCUGUGCCAGGUUCUCUGCCCGUAGCAGCCUCUACAUUCACUCCAAGAAACACCUGCAGGACGUGGGUGCUCCGAAAAGCCGUUGCCCGGUGUCCAACUGUAACAGACUCUUCACCUCCAAGCACAGCAUGAAGGCGCAUGUGGUCCGACAGCAUAGCCGGCGCCCAGAUCUCUUCCCUCAGCUUGGAGCUCCGAGUUCUCUUACGCACAGCAGUGAGCUUGGCAGCCCAGGCCAAAGUGAGCUCAACAACAUAGACCUGGCAGCGCUCUUCUCUGAUGCACCCGGUGAUGGUGGUAGUGUGGCGGGGGCCUCAGAUGAGGCGCUGAACUCUGGAAUCCUGACUAUUGAUGUUACUUCUGUGAGCGCCUCACUCGGAGGGAACCUUCCUGCUAAUAAUAGUUCCUUGGGGCCCAUGGACCCGCUGGUGUUGGUGGCCCACAGUGACAUCCCUCCGAGCCUGGAUAGCCCUCUUGUUCUUGGCACAGCAGCCACAGUUCUUCAGCAGAGCAGCUUCGGUGUGGAUGACGUGCAGACUGUAAGCGCAGGAGCAUUAGGCUGUCUGGUAGCUCUGCCUGUCAAGAACUUGAGUCCAGACACACAGGCUUUGACCUCAGGUGGUCAUUUAGCAGGCAACACCACCACACUGACCUCUCCGAGCCCCCCACCUGGAAACACCGGUGGCCCAGAACUGCUGGCUCCAAUCAAAGUGGAACCGGACUCACCUCCCGGCCCCGACACCGUGAGGCAGCAAGAACGGAGCCGAGUGGUGCCCAGGUCGGUGUUCUGCAGCCCUGCGGAAAAGCACAGUCUUCAGAAAGACACGGGGCUCAGUGCGGGGACCGGCAACUUCUAUUUGCUGUGUGACGUUGGGCUGCCUCGAUUCUCUGAGCACAGAUGGUGUGUGGUGAAUGGGUUACAGGAAAGUGGGGGCUCAGCAAGAACUGAUUCCCGAGCCAUUCAACUAGCCAAGAAAAAAAAGCAGAAAGGAACUGGGAGCAACGCAGGAGCCUCGGGGUCCACUCAGAGGAAAAUGAAAGAUGGCAAGGUCAGUCCUACUCACUUCCACACAAGCCAGACUGGCUGGUUGUGUGGGAACCUUGUGGUGCCCAGCGGAGGUCUGCCAGGACCAGCUCCGGCGGCCAGCGUGCAGUGCGUUCAGGUCCAGCUACUGCAGGAUGACCCCUCAGGUGAAGCAGCCUCGCCAUUGGUUCUCAGCCCGCAGCCUUCUGCCCUUCACCCCGUGUUGGCCGUCGAUUUGCCCGUCUAUGUCCUCCAGGAGGUGCUUCCUGCAGCUGGAGGGGCUGCUGGGCCUGAGGAGGUGCAGUGUGCAGGGAGCACCAUCAACCUUCGGGACCUGCAGUAAAGCGACCCUCUGCCCCGGGGACAGUCUGUGGCCCCUGGACUCUGUUACGUGGUCUUAUAGGCCUGGGGAGGACCCCACUGGGUUUAAGCUCAGGAGGCUAGCUGAGUUCCUCGGAGACUUUGGGGCAUGUUUCUCAAAAAUGUUUUUGUUACACUUUAUCAGGAACCAGUUUGGGGCAGUAUUUGUUGAAAUCGCCUUACAUGAACUGAGGCAAGGACUGCCCUCAGGGCAAAGCACAGGCCUUUCCUGGACUUGGCCGUGCGCAGACACCCCUUGUCCCGUUUGAUCUAAGCCAUGGAGCCCCUGCUGUAUUAGAAAAACAGACUUAGGCAGGAAGUAGGGUAGAGUAUGGAUUCCUUAGCCAAAUAGGACUUCAACUGUAGUAAAAGCAAAUGGGAUCUUUCACUUUCUGUGUUUUAGCAUUUGGCCUGAGAGAGAUCCAGAAACGGUUUCCCCUUUCUGAGAGCUGUUUCCCAGCCCCUUGGGUGGUGGUUGUGGUUGGGCUGAUUCUGUCACCCCAUAGGGCAGAAGUGAUCCUGUUGUCAUAGUGAAGGCAAAUUCGAGUCCCUGUUUUGGCAGAGCAGGCGGGCAGCUCGUAUGAGGGGAAGGAGAUGGGGGUGUAGAAGGGGACACUGGGGCCCUGUUAGCGAGCCCUCCACAGAGAGGCCAAAUUUAAAGCUCCUAAUUUGGGGAUGCUAGAGGUAAAACUUUACAUUUUUCUAAUUCUGUAUUUGGGCGUUCAUGUUAAAUAAUAAUUUGUCCGGUUCCUAAAGUCAUGGCCUGAGUGCUCUGUUACGUGUAGGACAGCGAGAGGGGCUUAUAUAUGCUUGUCGAGGCCGCAGGUGUGCAUGUACUUUGUCACCGUAUGUUUUCACACAGCGCGGUCUGUCCUGCACAGGGGCGAGCUGAUAACCUUGCACAUGUUUAUUUGUUAGCGAGACUGGCCAUGGGGCCACUCAGAAAUGCUGUUUUUAGCCUUGUGCCUUUGAGACUUACGUUGAUUCAGAUGCUGUUUUGGUUCUUGGACUUGGAAUUGUCCAAACUCUGCCUGUUCUGUGUUUCUUCAUUUCUUGAGUUUUUGGCCUUUGGCUUUUGGAAAUGACCCCAGCAUUCGGUGGUGAGUCCUCUCUCUUUCCUGCCCUGAGGUGCUGUCUAUUCAGGGUGCUUCUCUACCGAGAGGAACUUGGUCCCCAUUUAUAAACAGUUUUUACCCACAGAACUCUGUGCUGCGUCACAGACUAAAGUUUUGUGUCCACCUGGCCCCUCAGCCUCCAGGUCUCCCAGCCUCCCUCCACCAGCAGCCAGCCUGCCUGCCAGGGUGACCUUGGGGCUCGGGUGGCCUGGUGGCCACAUUGCACUGUCCUUCUGAUGGGAGGAGGGGCCAGGCCAGGGAACAAUCUCUCCAGGGUGGGUCGCUGGAACUUUCCUCAGAACGUCCCCUGGGAGUGUCCACCACCAUGAUGUCAUUGGUACUGACUGUCAGUUUUCUGGGCACUGGGUUCCCUAGUGGCAGUGGGCCCAACUUGUAGUACAAAUGAAUAAAAGUU